CCUCAAAGUUACCUCUCGAGAUGGUCGCGAGAAAAUACUCCAAUUGACUCCCAAGACCAGUAUGAAAGAGCUGUACGAAGAUCCUAUACCCCAGUGCGGGAGGUUGGAGCUUAUCGGGUAUUUCCUCUUAAUAUAGCUAAAAAUUUUCUUAUGCGAAUCCGAACACCGCUAGGUGUUGUAACUACGCCUUACCAUACUAACUACAGAUAUUACCAGGAGCAACAACCAUUUAGGAAAUAUGACAUAUUUCAAGUUCGAACUUGGGCUUAUCCAAUCUACAAAUACCUUCACGGACGUGACCACCUGUCCACAAGGCCUUAUUCAUAUACCCGCGUCUAUGGCAAUUCUCCGCUAUACACUCCGCCGAAAAUUGCUGCAGAACCUCGAUCGAUGACUUCAAGCCGUAGUUAUUCUGGUUACGUUUAUAUGGCUGGCGAACACAGCUUUGAUGUAGCAUCUAGGCCACGAUCUCUUGACCACUAUCAAUUUUGGAGAUCACAUAUUACCAGGUAA